AUGGCCGAGUUCGUAGCUGAUAAUCCUAACAUCUUCGAGGAACUAGGGAGGUACUUCAAGAGGCAGGGGAAGGAAAAAGUCGAAUCCUCCAAGAGGAGAUCGACGAAGUCCCCUGAGGUACCUUCCGGUGAGGACUCCGAUGAGGGGCACCUCUCUCGAAGCACUUCCAGGCACGCCUCCUCUAAGGCGACCUCUAAAAUUGCCUCCAUUUCCCGGGCGUUUUCCCGGGGUCUACUGGGAAGGCGAGCUGAGGACCCACCUCGGCGUCCUGGGGGCUUAGCAGCUGAAUAUAUGAGGGCUCCGCCCUUCACUGACGACAUCAAUGGGGAGUUGGUGCCCCCAAAUUUUAAACUCCCCGCCCUGCAUUCCUAUGAUGACCGAGGUGACCCCGGGGAUCACCUCCGCGCUUUCCUCUCCGCAUUUCGACUCUACUGCGUCCCCGACGCUGUAAUUUGCCGAGCAUUCCCCAUUUUCCUACAGGGGACAGCCCGAAAAUGGUUCUGGGGCUUAGAACCGAUGAGCAUUUCCUCACUAGAUGAGUUGAUAGAUCGGUUCAUCCACCGCUUUGUAUCAUCUCGACCAAUUACGAAGACUUCAGCUUACCUCUUGAACCUUCAGCAGACUCCCGGUGAGUCACUGCGCUCGUACGUACAGAGGUUCAAUGAGGAGAAUGUGCAGAUACCUGAUCAGAACGAGCAGGUAACCAUAGCUGCCUUCACCAACGGGCUGACUGCAGGAAUUUUCAAUACCGAGAUACAUCGGGAUUACCCCCGCACACUUCGGAAACUCUGGGAUCGAAUAGAUCAAGGAAUCCGAAGUGAAGACCUAAACCGCAUGAAGCGAGAAGCUCAAGCUACUCGUACUAGGCAAGAGUCCCGGAGGAAGAAAGACAUCGGCCGAUUCGAGCAAGUCCCCAGUGGCCCGUCGAACCAAUUCCGAGACCGCCGGAGUGUCUUUGACCGGAUCGCAAAAGGAAGGUCGUCCACUUCGGAUGCUGAGUUGACGCCACUCAAUACCAGCCGGUCCCAUGUCCUGGCUGUGAUGAGGCAAAAUCACCUCGGCCGAACACCUCCUGAAAUUUCGGGGAAGAGAGAUAAGAGGAACCCCAGCCUCUAUUGUGCCUAUCACCGAGAUGUAGGGCACGAGACUUAG